AUGGCCGAUCUCAGAAAUGGUCCGGAGCAGGAUCAGGAGCAUGAGGGUGCGAAGCCGUCGGAGCUUAUCAUCGAGGCGUGUAGGAGGAACAACACCGAGCUUCUAAGCUCAGUUAUCGAGGAGUGCUCAUCGCCCGAAGCCGCCGCCAAACUGCUGAACGAAUCGAGGAGCGUCUUGGGCAACUAUGCAUACCACGAGGCUGCUGCGAAUGGGCAUUACGAGAUAAUCGAUAUGCUCCUCGACCAAGAAGGAUUCGAAUGCGACCCCAUCAACAAGAGGGAGGGCGACACCCCACUUCACUAUGCCGUGCGCUGGGUGAAUGAGCAAUCCGCGGAGAACCACGAGUAUGGAAUAAGUCUGAUUGAUAUGAUGCUGGAAGCUGGAAGUGAUCCCAAGAUCCGCAACAAAGCAAAGCUAAAGGCAGCCGAUCUCGUCAAUCCCGCAAACACCGAACUGCGAGACUUAUUACAGAAGGCCGAAUAUGUGCUCCAGAACCAGGGCGACUUCAUCGAUGCUGAGGAGGAGGAAGACGAGGGACCAACAGGGAGCAACUCUGACAGCGAUUUCGACGAAGAACCAACCAGUGGCAAGAAGAGGUAA